AUGAUUGAAUUGAUAGAUGAUAGAUUACGUCCUGGUCGCAUAUUGUUAGUGGAUACGGUAGAGAAGAAAAUUGAAGAAGAUGGUGAUUUAAAGUUGCGAAUAGCUCUUUUACGACCGCAUAAAAAACUCAAUUCAGCACGGAUAUAUCUUGAUCAGCUUCGCAGAAAUGAUGUGCUAUCUCACGGUGCCAUCACAAAUGAAUAUUUGAUUAAGCGGGAAUUGGAACUUCAGUGGAAUGAAGAAAGUUGUACUAGUAACACAGGCAAACGGAUAUUGAAGAAAUGUCAUAGAGAUUUCCAUCUGGAUGAAGAUCGACGUCUCAUGGCAUUUUCCUUUUCUCCCGACACAUUUGCAAUGCUUAUUGCGCCCAUGAUUAUCGAGAAAAAAGAAGCAUUGGGUUCUAUGGGAAAUGACGCUGCUUUAGCAUGUCUCUCUGAUUACAGUCCACAAAUUUCAUCCUAUUUUCAACAGCUUUUUGCCCAGGUAACCAAUCCACCAAUUGAUCCAUUUCGAGAACAAAUUGUAAUGUCUCUUCGGUGCCCAAUCGGACCGGAAUCAAAUCUACUAGAGCCAAUGGAGGAACUAGAAGGAAGAUUGAUUUUAGAACAGCCGGUUUUGUCUCUCGUGGAUUUGGAAGUGUUGAAGCGCACAACUUACAAGAACUGGAGAACCAUAGUAAUUGAUGCUGUUUAUCCAACACAACAUGAUUCUAAGGGUUUAUUACCAGCUCUAGACCGUAUCUGUAGUGAGGCUUGCGCGGCUGCUCUUGAUGGUUAUCAAUUGAUAGUGCUUUCCGACAGAAAAGUUUGCCAGAAAUUGGUUGCUAUCGGUCCACUUUUGGCUCUUGGAGCUGUUCAUCAGUGCUUACUAAAGCAGCAGUUGCGCAUGAAGGUAGCAUUAAUAGUGGAAUCAGGUCAAGUCAAAGUGGUUCAUGAUUUUUGUGUUUUACUUGGUUAUGGUGCAGAUGCAAUUUGUCCUUAUUUGGUAUACGAGUCGUGUCAUCGUCUCCGUAACAUGGGCUUGUUUGAUGCAGAUAUAAAUGAUGAGCAGGUUUUCCAAGGAUACAAGGCUGGAAUUGAAAGAGGCAUUUUUAAAGUAAUGGCAAAGAUGGGAAUAAGCACUUUACACAGUUAUAAGGGUGCUCAAAUCUUUGAGGCUGUUGGAUUGGCUGAGGAAGUUGUGAAUCGUUGCUUUACCAAUACUGUAUCUCGAUUAGGAGGUGCUACAUUCGAAAUUCUUGCAGCAGAAGCAUUACGUGUACACCGAAAUGCCUAUCCUGCAGCUUCGGAUAAAGAUUAUAAUUACGGAGACAGUAAAACAUUGAUAAGCCCUGGAAUAUUUCACUGGAGAGAUGGUGGAGAGCGUCAUAUUAAUGAACCCGCAAAUAUAGCAAAAUUACAAGCAGCCACGAAGUUGAAUGAUCGAAAGACAUUUCAUGAAUAUUCGGUAGCAUCUAAUCUUGCUCAACGUAUGUGUACGCUACGUGGUCAGUUGGAAAUCAAAACAAGCAAGAAAUUCCAAAUACCGUUAUCAGAGGUGGAACCUGCUUCGGAAAUCGUCAAGAGAUUUGUGACUGGAGCAAUGUCAUUUGGUAGCAUCUCAUGGGAAACUCAUACUACGUUGGCAAUUGCAAUGAAUCGUAUUGGAGGUAAAUCGAAUACUGGUGAAGGUGGUGAAAAACCAGAGCGAUACAGAAGUGAUCAACCCAAAGAUUAUAAUUUGCGAUCAGCUAUCAAGCAGAUAGCAUCAGCUCGAUUUGGCGUGGACAGUGCAUACUUGGCAAAUGCAGAUGAACUACAGAUAAAGAUGGCCCAAGGAGCAAAACCUGGCGAAGGAGGAGAAUUACCUGGACAUAAAGUUAGUGUUGAAAUAGCGGCAACUCGAAGGUCAACUCCAGGUGUUGGUCUUAUUUCACCUCCUCCGCAUCACGACAUUUACAGUAUUGAAGAUUUAGCACAACUCAUCUACGAUUUGCGUUGUGCAAAUCCAUUAGCUCGUAUCAGUGUCAAAUUAGUUUCUGAGGCUGGCGUAGGAAUUAUCGCUGCUGGUGUUGCUAAAGGCAAGGCCGAACAUAUUACUGUGUCAGGGCAUGAUGGUGGCACUGGUGCUUCUAGCUGGACUGGAAUAAAGCAUGCUGGGCUACCUUGGGAACUUGGAAUAGCAGAAACUCAUCAGGUACUUUGCAUGAAUAAUUUGAGAAGCCGUGUUGUUCUGCAAGCUGAUGGGCAAAUUAGAACUGGACGUGAUGUAAUGAUUGCAGCGUUGCUUGGAGCAGAUGAGUUUGGCAUGUCAACUGCGCCGCUGAUCGUUCUUGGCUGUACAAUGAUGAGAAAAUGCCAUCUGAAUACAUGUCCUGUUGGAAUAGCUACUCAAGACCCACUUUUACGAGCAAAAUUCAGAGGAAAACCAGAGCAUGUUGUUAAUUUCAUGUUUAUGGUUGCUGAGGAAGUACGGUAUUUCUUGUCAAAAUUGGGCUUACGAACAUUACAGGAAGCGAUUGGACGUGUAGAUUUACUGUACGCUAGUCCAAGUCCAAUCAAUAAAAAGGCGACAAUGUUGGAAUUUGGUAACAUUCUGUUCAAUGCUCAAAAGUUGUUUCCAGACUAUAAUUUUCGUGGCGGUAGUGUGAAGCAGAUAAUAGAUAUCAGCAACCUGGAAAAGCAAGUCAUUGCAUCUGUUAAAGAAUUGAUCGAUGGACACAGUGCUCAUAAGCAUCUGAAAGAUUUAGAAAUUGUUAACACGGAUCGUGCUUUUGGUGUUAGAUUAAGUUAUUAUCAGAUUUCGAAGCAGUGUGGUGAAAAGGGUUUCUCCAAUGAUCGUUCUAUUCGUAUUAAUCUCGUAGGACAUGCUGGACAAAGUUUUGGUGCGUUUUUGGUUAAAGGCGUGUCACUCUAUUUGGAAGGAGACGCUAAUGAUUACGUUGGCAAGGGUUUGUCAGGCGGCAAAAUUGUCAUUUAUCCUAAUCGCAACGUCACAUUCCUUUCUGAAAAAAAUUCAAUUAUUGGCAAUGCGGCAUUAUAUGGUGCUACCUCUGGUAAAUAUCGCAUCUUUUUUACACCGCUUUCAGGGCUUGUAUUGUUCCGUGGAAUUGCUGGAGAGCGAUUUGCAGUUCGCAAUUCAGGUGCGAUUGCUGUAAUUGAAGGCGUUGGCGAUCAUGGCUGCGAAUAUAUGACAGGAGGGAAAGUAAUUAUUUUACACAGUAUUGGGCGGAAUUUUGCUGCUGCUAUGUCUGGCGGUCUGGCAUUCAUUCAUGAUGGUAAACGUCAAUGGACUCGUUACAUUAAUACGGCAACAAUUGAUUUGGAAGAGCCGGACAACGAAGAUCUGGCCUGGAUUAAGGAAAUGACUGAUGUAUUUGUGCAAGAAACUGGUUCUAAAAUUGGUAAUGCAAUUCUUGAAAACUGGGACAAUGAAUAUAAGAAGUUCAUAAAAAUUUUCCCAAAAGAUUACAAACGAGCUAUAGAACGUAUGAAAGAAACUUUGAAAAUAGCAGAAGAGAAGGAAUCUUUGAAGAAAAAUGAGUAUAUGCUAUCACGAAGGAUACCUCCAAGACAGCGUAAAUUCUCAAUGGAUAUGCAAAUCGCUAUUGGACCUGUACGAAGGAAAAUGGCUCCUGGAUCCGAAGGAGAUAAACAGGUUCUAGCUGAUUCUGGCAAGAAGUAUUUAAAAAAUGUUCGUAUCGAAGAUUACACAGGUUUUGAAGAAGCGAAGGAUUCCCAAGAAGUCGUGGAAGAAGAGGAAGAUGAUGAUGAACCUUCCGAUGCCGGUGAAUCAGAAAUUGAAGAUACUAAUGAUUUAUCUGUCGUUGAUAUUGAAAAUAUUCCUGGUUUGAAUGGUUCAAAAGACAAUGAUAAAUCACUCGAUAAACUGAGAGGUUUUAUGAAAUACCGCCGUCAAAAAGUGGUUUAUCGACCUGUUGAAGAACGAAUUAAAAGCUGGAAGGAAAUUACAGAUUACCGGGCCGUUAGGUCAAACAUUCGUGAACAAGCAGCAAGAUGUAUGGAUUGUGGUGUACCAUUCUGUCAAGGAAACACUGGUUGCCCUCUUGGAAAUAUUAUUCCAAAAUGGAACGAUUAUGUUUUCAAACAGAAUUGGCGCCAAGCACUAGAGCAACUUCUGCAAACAAAUAAUUUUCCAGAGUUCACUGGUCGAGUUUGUCCAGCGCCUUGUGAAACAGCUUGUUGUUUGGCUAUCAAUUCGCCAGCUGUAACAAUUAAAAGCAUUGAAUGUGCUGUUAUUGAUUACGCGUUUCUACAAGGCUGGAUGGAGCCACAUAAACCGAAUUACAGUACUGGUAAACGAAUUGCAAUCAUCGGAAGUGGCCCAGCUGGUAUGGCAGCCGCAGCUCAACUAAAUAAAGUUGGACAUGCGGUUGUUGUGUACGAAAAGAAAAAUCAUGCAGGUGGAUUGCUGAGAUAUGGCAUACCAACGAUGAAACUCGAUAAGUACAUUGUCGAUAGAAGAGUGAAGUUGCUGGAGGAUGAAGGUGUUCGAUUCAUUACAAAUACUGAAAUCGGUAAACACGUGCCCGCUGACUUCUUACUUAGGGACAAUGAUGCGAUAUUGGUUUGCACGGGUUCUACGAUACCAAGAGAUUUGUCAAUUUUAAAUCGGGAAGCAAAAGGAAUCUGUUUUGCAAUGAAUUUUUUGGAAAAAAGUCAACGAAUUGUGGCAGGCGAAGAAGAUUCCUGGGAAGGGCUUGACGCUAAAGGAAAGCGAGUUAUAAUCCUUGGUGGAGGUGACACUGCAACAGACUGCAUUGCAACGUGCACAAGAUUGGGAGCAGAAAGCGUGCUAGCGCUAGAAAUAAUGUCUCGACCUCCGGAUGAGCGGUAUCCAGAUAAUCCAUGGCCACAGUGGCCUAUCAUAUUUCGUACUGAUUAUGGGCAUGAAGAACGUAAGCAUAUUACUGGUGAUGAUCCACGGCUAUUUGCCUUAUCUACCAAGAAGUUUUUGGUAAAUGAAAGUACCUCAGGGCAAAAAGUUUUGACGGGCUUGUUGACUGUUGAAGUGGAAUGGAAGAAAGAUGAUAAUGGAAACUGGAAAAUGUUUGAAAUAGAAAACAGCGAAAGAGAAUUGUUAUGUGACCUAUGUAUACUUGCCAUGGGAUUUGUCGGUCCUGAAAAGAGUGUCAUUGAACAACUUGGUCUAGACACAAGUAUUCGAUCUAAUAUUCUUACUGGCGAAGAACGGUAUAACACAUCAAAAAGUAAGGUUUAUGCAGCAGGUGACUGUCGAAGAGGUCAGUCUUUGGUAGUUUGGGCUAUUCAUGAAGGACGACAAGCAGCAAGACAAAUUGACUACGACUUAAUGGGUAAAACAACUCUUGCUGGACCAGGGGGAGUUGUGCUCGCUCCAAUUCAGAACUAA